AUGAUCUAUAAGUGUCCAGAAGCUCUCGCAGUGAGGCUGCUGCCAGUGGUCAAAGCCUCCAACAAAGCUCUACUGAGUCACUGUGACCUGUCAGAGAGAAGCUGUGAAGCUCUGUCCUCAGGUCUCAGCUCUCAGACCUCUAAUCUGAGACAGCUGGACCUGAGUAACAUUAACCUGAAGGAUUCAGGCGUGAAGCUUCUGUCUGAAGGACUGAAGAGUCCACACUGUACACUGGAAACUCUCAGUCUGUCAGGCUGUCUGAUCACAGAGGAAGGCUGUACUUCUCUGGCCUCAGCUCUGAGCUCCAACCCCUCCCAUCUGAGAGAGCUGGACCUGAGCUACAAUCAUCCAGGAGACUCAGGAAUGAAGCUGCUGUCGUCUGGACUGAAGGAUCCAGGCUGGAGA